CACGGUGCUAAUAAGAAAGGUGGUCAGUUACGAAGUCAUAUCCUGACUCACACAGGAGAGAAACCAUUUGGAUGUGAUGAAUGUGGAAAACAAUUCACUCAUGGUAGUCAUUUACGAAGUCAUAUCCUGACUCACACAGGAGAGAAACCAUUUGGAUGUGAUGAAUGUGGAAAACAAUUCACUCAUGGUAGUCAUUUACGAAGUCAUAUCCUGACUCACACAGGAGAGAAACCAUUUGGAUGUGAUGAAUGUGGAAAACAAUUCAUUCAAGGUAGUCAUUUACGAAGUCAUAUCCUGACUCACACAGGAGAGAAACCAUUUGGAUGUGAUGAAUGUGGAAAACGAUUCACUCAAGGUAGUCAUUUACGAAGUCAUAUCCUGACUCACACAGGAGAGAAACCAUUUUGA